ACCAACCACAGACGCGCGGAACCCGAACGCACGUCCUCAGAAGUUCGCGGUGGACGUCGUGGGUACCUCGCCAGUCCAGCGGAGAAACGACCCUGCGCCAUGAGAGGCGCUGUGAGCCCGAUCGCGCUCGGGCUCCCAUGGCCCAAGCGACGGUAUGUUCGUCGCACGGCCCUCCACGGGAACGCGCCCAGCGUCCUCCCCACCCUCUGGGGGCCCAGAGGAGGCGCGCUGGGCCUCUGCGCUGGGAAGCACGCCCCAGGCCACCCGCGCACCGGCCUGGGGCAGCCAGGGCCCGCCCGUGGGUUCCUCGUCGUUGUCGCGGCGAAACCAUGGUCGCGCGUUGCCCCCUCCCUCUGGAAGCCCUGCGCGCACCGUGUUUGUGCGUUCGUUCGUUCGCGAUCGAGUACUGCGUCCGCGCGCGGUCCUCUGCGCGCCGGGGGCUCGCGCGCGCACUGCGGCGGUGUGGGCAUGGCGCGCCUGGGCACUGUACCGUGGCUGCUGCUCCCAUACCGAAACAGCGAGCCGCGCAGGAGGAGGCGAGGAGAGGCGAGCGUAG